AUGGGCGCAUACCAAUUAGAUAAACCAAAUGAUCGCGACUCAUUUUUUAAUUGGUACACAUUUGUAUCAAAUGUAUGCUUAAUUGUAAGUUGCACAGCUAUUGUCUAUGUUGUGGACAAUGUGAGUUGGGCUUGGGGUUUUGGGAUCUCAUCUGCAGCAAACACACUUGGAUUGUUAUUGCUGUUUUCCAGCACUCGUUUCUAUCGUCAGAUGAAGCCGCAGGGCAGCCCUUUUACUGGUUUAGGUCGUGUUGUUGUUAAAGCGGUCAAGAACAGGGGAAUUCUGCUCUCCCAGAAUCCUGGAGUUUAUUUCCAAGGCCCUGAGAAUAACAAGAUUCCUACUUUGCCUUCAAAAUUCUUCAGGUUCUUGAAUCGGGCAGCACUUAAAACUGAAAGAGAUUUAGAGACAAAUGAAUCUACAAGGAAGUCAGGACAACUUUGUACCAUAACUGAAAUAGAAGAUCUGAAGGACCUAAUCAAGAUUGUUCCGCUAUUCACAAGUGGAUUACUCGUGCGUGUUCCAUAUGUUAUCCAAGUAAGUUUGGGAAUCCUUCAAGCUCUCAAAAUGGACCGAAGUCUUGGGCCUGAUUUUAAAGUUCCGGCAGCGAUAAUAGUCGCCUUCAUUCAUAUCCACUUGUAUCAGCGUCGUUUUCAUAGAUCGAAUCUUAUUUCCAAUCUGGACAUGGUGGUUUUAGCUCUUGUGGAGGCGAAGCGGCUGAAGAUUUCACGGAUGCAUAACCUUCAAAACGAGGAUAAUGGCGCCGAGGUGCCAAUGUCGAUAUUUUGGCUAGUGCCUCCAUUAGCUCUUGUUGGGAUGGGAGAAGCAUUUCAUUUACCUGGACUUGUCUCAUUUUACUAUCAAGAAUUUCCAGAUUACUUGAAAAAUACUUCGGUCGGAGUUGUUUCAUUGUUCUAUGGCAUUGCCUUUUACAUUGGCAAUGCCCUGAUUCAUGUUAUUCACAGAUCAACAGAUUGGUUACCAGAAAACAUAAAUAAGGGGAGAUUAGACAUUGUGUAUUGUCUGAUCACUAUAAUUGUAGGCGUUAAUUUUUGUUAUUUUCUUUUAUGUGGCUCAUUAUACAAGUACAAAGCUGCUGAAAUUGUAGAGGAUGGUGUUUCGUUAAGUGAAGAAUGA